GGAAGGGUCCGAGGAUGAGGCUGCACUCCAAGCGACCGGAGCCAGAGCUGCCUACGGAAGAGAGCAGAGGAUCGCGGCGAUCUUCUGUGAAGCAGCAGUAUCGUCGUCGAUGUGCUCGAACAGGUUCUACUGCAGCGUCCCUUGAGCUUCGCGGGAGGCUGAGAGAGAGAGAGCAGAGGCGAGAGGGACGAGCGCGCGCUCGAAGGAGUACGAAGCGCGGUGAUUUGGUUGGCUCAGUCACGGAGGCGAGGAAUAGGGCGAGCCGGAGAUGGUCGGAGCGGGCGACGAGGUGGGGGCCGGUCGCUCGAGGGAACGCAUCGCCACGAGAUGAGCCAUGGAGCAUCGCAGGCGGUCGGGAUGGAUGCUCUUCUGGCUGGCGCUGAGCCUGACCCUGAGCGCGAACGGUAGCGCCAGGGUUCCCAGGGUGGCCACGAGGACGAAAAUAGGGACGGGGACGGGGAAUGGCUCGCAGGAGUGUCCUGGAGGAGGGUGGACGGGCGAGGUGCUGGACGAGAAUGCGCGCUCGGUGGCCACGGAUCGAAGCGGGGAGCGGUUCGAGGUCGGGGCGCCGGGCGAUGGGAUGGCGCUGCUGCAUAUCAAGGGUUCGCCGUUCGAGCUGGGGCGGGCGCACGGGGUGCUGUUGCGCUCCGAGAUCCAAACCAUGUACGUGCGCUUGUUCGCGCACCUGGAGGAUCAGCUGAUCGUCGCGCUGCACCUGACGCUGCUGCCUGAGGCGCUGGCGCGACGCAUCGCGCGCCUCGCGCUGAACGCCGCGCUCGACGCGACCUACCUCCUGACGCUAUUGUACACCCCCGCGCGCUUCGUCGACGAGAUGAUCGGGCUGGCGCAAGGGGCGCAGGUCGAGUUCGACGACGUCGUCCGUGUGCAGAUGAUCCCCGAGCUUCUGCAGGCCUCGUGCUCCAUGCUCGGGUCCUGGGGCCCUGCGACCUGGCGCUCCGACAAGCUCCGCGAGGAGGAGCAGAGCUGCGGGCUGUUCCAGAUGCGCGCCCUCGAUUGGGACAUGGAGGCGCCGAUCGUCGACUUCCCGGCGGUCAUCUUCUACCACCCGGCCGACGGGAACUCAUUCGCGCUCUUCACCUGGGCGGGCUUCAUCGGCUGCGUCACUGGCUACUCCGGCCGGCUGGGCAUCUCCGAGAAGGUCUGGGCGAAUUCCUCCGCCAGCGCCAGCCGCAAGGGCAUGCCGUGGCACUUCGCGCUGCGCGACGUCCUGCAGCUGGCUGACGGGUUGGACGAGGCGACGCAGCUCCUGGGCGCGACGUCCCGCACCUGCCCGAUCCUCGUCGGCAUCGGCUCCCGUCAGGACAACAAAUUCGUCCUGCUCGGCUACUCCUCCGACGCGCUCCAGCUCUAUGACGACACGAACUUCACCCUGAUCACGUCGGCUGCGCCUCCCCCCGCCGACACGACGUUCCCCGGGGUCGUCUUUGUCGACAAAUACGUGCAGCCUUCCGACGAUCGGUGCAUGCAGUCGGUGGUGCAGCAAUUCUACGGCAAGCUCGACGACCUGGCGCUUCUGAACAUGGCGUCCAUGCAGGAGACCGGCGGAAUGCACACUGCGCUGUACGAUUUCGCUUCGAACGAGGUUCUGUUCAGCUGGGCCGCCUCCGAUCCGAACACAGGCGAGCUCGUUCCUGCGUACAAACGAAAUUAUCUCAGAUUGAACAUGACUUCUCUUGCGAACCCCAUCCCUCGGUGUCCGUCCCACUCGGGCAGGAGAGAAUUGUCUUGUAUGUAGAUUCCUCGGACCGAUUUCAGUGCAGGCGCUUCGUAGCGGCAGGUGUAAAACCUUCAUCCUCUUUUCCCCCACAGUUAUAAAAGAAAUAGCUCAGGGUUGCCAAUUUCCAGCCCCCAGGUGGUGUUUUGAUGUCGAUAAUUCCAGGCAAAGUGCUCGGUUUUAUCUUGUAAAAUAAAAUCUUUUCGUUCUUACUCAUCAG